AGUAUCCCCGCCCUUUGCAUCUUGCCUUAAACGUGUACUCGUCGCUCCCAUUUGCUCCAUUCUAGAGCAGUAAUCAACGGUGUUCGUCUAGUGGCUCCUUAACAAAGCUUAGAACGUCACGUUGCUAUUUGUCGGAAUUUUACAAGUUACAAUUUGCUGUUUGAAAAUAAGCAAUAAGGCGUUUCAUUCAUAUUGAAGGAGAAACUGCUGAACACGUUAGUGUAGGGAUAGAAUUCGCCAUAAAGCUUUCUGGUGUUUAUAAAGCUGAAAUGAAGACCAAAUUUAUCAACGGGGUUUCCUCUUCCCCCUCCAUGUCGCUGGGUCUGCUGGUGACCGAGAACACCUUGCAGGUUCAGCCUGAUACUCAGGAGAACUUCAAGGAGCUGGUCCGCCCCGCGUCUCCCGAGCAGGACACACGCUUGAAUGCUUACCUCUGGUGCAAAGAGUUCCUCAACGGCUCGUGGAAAACCUUGGCGCAGAACGACUUCCAGAUCACCAUCAUAAGGGGUGGGCUGAGUAACAAGCUCUUCCUAUGCAGCCUCCCAGACAGUGUGGAUAGUGUUGGGGAUGAGCCAAGGAGCGUUCUGUUGCGCCUUUAUGGGGCCAUCCUGCAGAUGUCCUGUAAUAAAGGAGAAUCCCAGCAGUCAAACAAAGAGAAUCACUUUCAAGGGGCUGAGGCCAUGGUGCUGGAGAGUGUGAUGUUUGCAAUCCUGGCAGAGAGAAAAUUGGGACCUAAACUCUAUGGUAUUUUUCCUCAGGGACGACUGGAGCAGUAUGUGCCUAGCCGUAAACUGGAAACCUUUGAGCUGAGUGACCCAAGCAUUUCAUCAGAGGUUGCUCAGAAAAUGGCCAAGUUUCAUGGAAUGAGGAUGCCUUUCAAUAAGGAGCCCAAAUGGUUGUUUGGAACCCUGGACAAGUACUUAUGCCAAGUCAUGAGGCUCAACUUCACCCGAGAGUCUCACCUGCGGCAUUUCAACUCCUUGCUCAGCUACAACCUACCAGAGGAGAUGGAUUGGCUUAAGUCUCUGCUUGAUUCAACUCACUCUCCAGUUGUGUUUUGUCACAAUGAUUGUCAAGAGGGAAACAUAUUGCUUCUAAAGGGCCGCCAUCAGUCAGAAAAACAGAAACUCAUGCUCAUUGACUUUGAGUACAGCAGCUAUAACUAUAGGGGAUUUGAUAUUGGCAACCAUUUCUGUGAAUGGAUGUAUGACUACAACUGUGACGAGUUUCCGUUCUUCAAAGUGAACACUCAGGUUUAUCCUUCCAAGGCUCAGCAGUUCCACUUCAUUGAAAACUACCUGCGUGCGUCGGAUGAAGGAUUUGACAACCUCAGUCGUGAGGACCAAAUGAAAAUGAAAGAGGAGCUUUACGUGGAGGUCAACAGGUUUUCCCUUGCAUCCCACUUCUUUUGGGGCUUGUGGUCUAUCAUCCAGGCCCGUCUCUCUACCAUCAAGUUUGGAUAUCUGGAGUACGCCCUGGCCCGAUUUGAAGCCUAUUUCCAGCAGAAGAAAAUGUGGGGCCACUAAUGGAGCCAAAAGAUUGGAUGGAUGGACAACGUUCUCAGCUGAGCGAUGUCGUCAUAUCUGAUAAAGAUUCGGUGCUUCACUUACACUCUGGAACGAGAGUUUUUGCUGGCUGAUAUUGGUGGUGGUGUCAAAUCGAAUCCCAAAUCUGGGUGCUCCUCUCCACCCCAAAUUCUGAUGCAUCUCAAAGAUUCCAGUGCUUUCUGAUGACAUUAUCUGGUCAGGGCUGUUUCUGCUUCUACAUUGCUCAGUUGAUGUGACUAAUAUAGACUAUGCCUAAAGCGGAUCAAAAAUGGAUUUCAGUUGAAGUUAGACUUCACGCAUUAACAUUGCAUCAAUGUACGUAUAUGUUAUUGAUUCGUUCUGUGGGAAAGAGCCAAUAUGUGAAUUUCUUCAGGUAGAUUAAUGCUUACUUAAGCAUCCAACUUUUAUAUAUUAUAUGUAGACAUCAAUGUACCAGUAAUCCAUCCCUCUCUGUUACUAAUGAAGUGUACAGCUGGUGGGCUUAUGACUUGAAAAUAUACAGUUGAUGUAGUCUUACUGUUUUAGGUUCGAAUGGCAGUAUUAUGUAGGCCAGGGAAAGCGAUGUUGGUGCAUUUCCAGGUGUUGGAAUUGUUCUGGAUUGAGCAUGAUCCAUGAUCAUCAAUGUGAAACCAUCGUAUGUUAGCUAUCUUAUACAACAUUAUUUAUUUUAUGUAACACCUCACUAACUGACAUGGCUCUGCAAACUUAUAGUGUGAAUUUCGAUCACUGUGAUGAGUAAAUAUACAGUGGUGAGAGCGCAACCGCAAUUUCUGCUAAAAUAACAUUCCGUCUUCGAUAAAUUGUUGCCUUACUUUCCUCAGGUAAUUGGGGAAUUGUAGUCAAACAUAUUACAAUGUAGAAAAAGUUUUGAAAUUCAUCUAUCACAGUUCCAUGGCAAUUGAAUUAUAGAUUUUAUUAUAGUAUUGGGUCAAUC